AAACAAUAACAAUAGUUAUCUCAUCGGUCUUCACACCCAUUAACUCAUAUUUUUUUAGUGAUUUUAUUCCAUCAACAGAUCUUUUCUUCACUGUUUAAUUUCUCCACUAAUUUAUAGUAAAUGAAGCAAGAAUAAAAUGUGAAAAAUAAAUUUGUUAAGUAGAGAGUACAAAGAGAAUUGAAGAGAUAAUAAGUAAAAUUGAUAAAAUUAUUAAGGAGAAAAUAGAAUACUAUAAAAAAAGAAUGUGUGAUUUUAUUGAAAAAGAGAUAGAAACUUUUAAAAGAUAAUAAAAUAGAGUACAAAACAAAGAAAAAUGGUCAGAAACAGUAAAAAUAAAAAAGACAAAGUAAAAAUGAAAAGAGAAAAAAAAUACCGUAUAAAAGAUAUUUUAUCAAAAAAUGCCGUAAUCCAAUGCAAUUUCCUCAAACAUUUUUCACAACCACAACGCGGAGACGGACACAUUUGGCGUAACCUUUUUCUGGGCUGGACUUUUAUGAACACUUGCAAGGCUUUGUACGACCUUUUCAAAGCAUUACCCAAAUCAUCAGUCAUGUUCUAGUUUUAGCAAAGCAAACCAUUAACCGAAGCAUUCAAAACCAAAAGCAUGCAUGCGGCAGUGCUUUCGGGCCAACGCAGGUUCUCUCAAGCAAUUCAUCGAACACUUUCAAUCGCCUAUCAAAAUCAUUACAAUUUCAAUUUUCUCUGCACCCAAACAACCGAUGUGAAAAUACUAGAACCAGAAGAACAAGAAGAAAAUCCCAAGUCAUUAUCUUUGAGAAUUGAGAAGCUUCCAAGAGGAGAACCGAUUGGAUUAGCAUUUCAGAGCUGGAUGCGUGAAGGUUUCCCCAUUCACCGCGGCGAUGUUUUCCAUGCUAUUAACCGUUUGAGAAAGCUAAAAUUAAACAAACGAGCGCUCGAGGUGAUGGAAUGGGUGAUAAGGGAGAGACCUUAUAGGCCAAAGGAACUUGACUACUCUUAUCUAUUGGAGUUCACAACCAAACUUCAUGGAAUAUCACAUGGGGAAAAGCUUUUCACUCGUAUUCCUACUGAGUUCCAGAAUGAGUUGUUAUAUAACAAUCUUGUAAUUGCAUGCUUGGAGAAAGGUGUCAUAAGGCUUUCACUUGAAUACAUGAAGAAAAUGAGAGAAUUGGGUCACCCAAUAUCGCAUUUGAUAUUUAAUCGCCUUAUAAUCCUCCAUUCCUCCCCUGGCCGCAGGAAAAUGAUUCCAAAAAUUCUGACUCAAAUGAAGGCUGAUAAGGUGGUUCGUCAUGUCUCUACAUACAACAUUCUGAUGAAAAUUGAAGCUAAUGAACAUAACGUUGAAGGAUUGAUAAAGGUAUUUGGUGAAAUGAAGAGAUUAGAAGUUGAGCCAAAUGAGGUUUCAUUUUGCAUAUUAGCUAUUGCACAUGCGGUUGCAAGAUUAUAUACUGUGGCUGAGGCAUAUGUAGAAGCUGUUGAGAAGUCUUAUACUGGAGAUAACUGGUCAACACUAGAUGUUUUAAUUAUAUUGUAUGGGUAUUUGAGGAAGGGAAAAAAAUUGGAUAGAAUUUGGGGCACUGUGAAAGAACUCCCCCAUGUUAGGUCAAAAAGCUACAUUCUCGCAAUUGAAGCAUUUGGUAGAAUUGGGCAGCUUGGUCGAGCUGAAGAGCUUUGGUUAGAGAUGAAGUCAUUAAAAGGGUUAAAAUCAACAGAGCAGUUCAACUCCAUGCUAUCUAUAUAUUGCAAAUGUGGACUUGUCAAAAAGGCAACUGACAUUUUCAGGGAAAUGGAUAGAAAUGGCUGCAAACCGAAUGCUAUUACUUUUCGACAUCUUGCUUUGGGUUGUUUGAAGGCUGAAUUAGUGGAAGAAGCUUUGAAGACUCUGGAAAUGGGGAUGGACUUCACAACAAGCAACAAAAUAAAGAAUUCAAUCCCGUGGUUGGAGACUACUUUUUCCAUUGUUGAAAUUUUUGCAGAGAAGGGUGAUGUAGCUAAUGCUGAGAAAUUUUUUGAAGAACUCCAUAAAGCAAAGUAUGCAAGGUAUACCUUUGUGUAUAAUACUUUGAUAAAAGCCUAUGUGAAGGCCAAAGUUUAUGUUCCUUAUCUUUUGAGGAGGAUGAUUUUAGGGGGUGCUAGGCCAGAUGCUGAGACCUAUAGCUUGAUUAAACUUAUUGAGCAGUUUAACACUUGAAUUAUGUACAAAAGUUUCUAUGCUGUUUGUAUAUAUUUCAUUCAUUUUUCUUAAUAAUAAGAAAGUGAUUUUGGUCUA